AUGCUCUCUCAGGGCUCAAUUCCAGAAGUCAAAGAGAAUACCAUUGGACAUGCCUUGGAGGAGCGCAAGGCGAAGAUUCCUCAAUUCCAAGACCUAGGGCCGCCAGAUAUGAUAUCCAUGACCAAGUACAUCCCGUCUUCGUCAUCAUCCAGCUCGCAAUCUAACAACAAACGCCCGAUGGCAUUAGAACCCACAACAUCCAUCAACACUAACGAUCUACACGCUCAUGACAAACUCAAGGGUGAAAUGGGUACAUUCCUGUACUGUGUAGGUGCAGAUACGUCAGAUCCCACAUCUAUUGCAGUUUUCCUCAAGACUCUCGCGGACGUUAUCGCGGAAGAGCCCCAAGUGUGGUUCGGGAAGCACAAACAUUACAAAGUGGCACGCAUUACUUACUCGACAUGGAAUGCAUUUCGAAGAUGCGAUGUAAAAGUCGUGGUUCACAUACCAGGUGCUGUCCAGUCAUACGUCCUAGAUUCGCGUGGGGAAGUUAUACAGAUUGGACAAGAGGACCGUGAGUUACUGUGGGCCGAGACCUUUAUCAGCGGGGUAGUACGCAGUUUCGCCAUGAUGACCGAUAAUUUCGAAGAAGGUGAGGUUAAUAGCGUUGUUGAGACGCGUAUCCUCAACCCACUUAUCUCCGGAGAAAUUGGCGAUGUGGGCGAGAAUUUCAUCCGAUUAUUUCCUUUGGUAUACACCCAGGGACCCACUUUAGGCGCUUCAUACGAUGUCGCUGUUGUGUCAAGAACCAAUAACUACCUUUGUGAUACCCUUCUUCAUUUAAUGCGUCUCACCGAGAACUUCGACUUGUGCUUGGACGUCUUGGACACGAUGCUUCCAGAUUUCCCUGAGGUGGUCGUGCUCAAAGCUCGGGCAUUAUUUGCAGCGGAUAGGGAAAUCGAUGCGAUUAAGUUGAUUCAUGACGAUCUAGCCAAACAAGGGUCUGCUAUACUAGAAUAUCGUGGUGAAUUAUUGUGCGUACAGGCCAAAUUCUUACUCGACAAGAAAAAGGAUUACUCCGCUGCUCAAAGUAUCGCACAAGCGGCUGUAAAUUGUUCACCUAGUGAGUUUAGACCUUGGUAUCUGCUGGUGGCUAGCUACAUAGGACUCAAUGACAUCGAAAAUGCAUUGCUCACUUUGAAUGGUUGCCCGAUGACCCCAUUGAAGGAAAAAUAUGUUUACAAGCGCGUUGUAUCUGUGCCGCAAGAUUCCCCCAACUUGCAUUUACCGCUUCCAAUCGACGUUAUUCUCGAAGAAGUUACCGGGCUCAACUCUCAAGAUGUGAUCACCGAGCAUAAAAGUGUCGACCCAGGUCUUCUCAAUCUUCCUGCGGCUAAUCUGAAGUCUACAUUUCAAAUUGCAUAUAAAUUCCUCACUGAAAUAGUCCAAAAAACAGGAUGGGAAUCUUUGCUCAAAUACAGAUCCAAGAUCUUCGUAAUGGAGGAGGAAUACCAAGUUGCCUCUACAACCUCUUCUGAGAGUGAGACGACUGCGCAGCCUACUGAACGUCUCCGCUCCAAACGUCUAUGUGAACGCUGGUUGGACAACCUGUUCAUGCUACUGUAUGAAGACCUCAAGACGUAUACUUUGUGGCAAGCCGAACAGCUUCAUUUCGAAGCUCAGAACACUCAGUAUGUCAAAUCUACGUUUGAAUGGGAGCUGCUUGGCCUCUGUGCCUUCAGAUUGGGACAUUACCAUGAGGCCGCUAAGGCUUUUCAAGCAGGCCUUGCCCAGCGCUUUUCUGCUCAGAGUAGUAGAAAGCUUCUCCAAUACUAUCUACGUGAACAUGAAAAUCUCAAAGAUUCUACUGAUCUUCCCUCAUCUCAUGUCAUGGCCAUUGUUAGCGACCUAGACAAUAAGAUAAUUGACCUAUGUGUUAAACUUUGCUGCUGGAACCAUCGUUGGUACAGUGAGUUCUCUGUGAUACUGCUAGAUGCCCUCUCUGUUGUCAUUGAGGACAUGGGCAUUACAAAGGUUUCCAAUGAAGUGGCCUCCCGAUUCCCCGAUUCUGUUGUAAAACUCAUCGAAGAUAACCUUCUGAGCUUCUUUUCCGACCAUACUCAUGGUGACUUAGAUAAAUGA